UGCAAGCAGAGCUAGCGAGCCAGCAGCCAGCCAGCUGCUGAUCGACGAACUUGCUGCACGAGACACAUACACGCGGCUUCACUCACGCAUCAGUGUCAUGGCUCCGAUCACUGUUGCUGCAGCUCCUCCUCCUGCGAGCCUCGAGACCGGCGGCGGCGCUGGGCUGACGGUCGCCACCGUCGGCGCCUUCGAGCCCUGUGCGUGGGGCGACUUCUUCGUCACCUACGUCCCACCCGUCUCACAAGAGUCGGAGGAGCGGAUGAGAGAGAGGGCGCAUCAGCUCAAGGCAGAAUUGCGCCGCCGGAUGUCGUUCGAGGCUACGAGGAGCGUCGCUGAUAUGGUGACGCUGGUGGACACGCUCCAACGCCUCGGCAUCGACAACCACUUCCGCCACGAGGUUGACGCCGCGUUAAAACGCAUCAAUAAUAAUAAUAGCUGCGAGAGUUUGGGCGACUCAUCAGCAGGCUCAGGCGGCGGCGGCGCCGCCGACGACGGCCUCCAUACCGUUGCUCUCCGCUUUCGUCUACUUCGGCAACAUGGCGUCUGGGUCCCUGCGGAUGUGUUCGACAGGUUCAAAGAUGACACGACGGGCGGUUUCAGUGAAAGUCUGAGCAGCGAUCCCAGGGGCUUGCUGAGCCUAUACAACGCGGCUCACAUGGCAACGCCUGGCGAGCAGGGCCUCGACGAAGCCAUCUCCUUCGCCAGGCGUCACCUUGAGUCCCUGAAACUGAAAGGCACGCUCUCGUCGCCAUUGGCAGAGCAAGUGUGCCGUGCCCUCGACAUCCCUCUCGCACGCCUCCCAAAGCGGCUGGAGACGAUGCACUACGUCGUCGAGUACGAGAAAGAAGAGGGGCACGACGCCGUGCUCUUGGAGCUCGCGAGGCUGGACUUUGACUUGGUCAGGUUUCUUCACCUCAGGGAGCUCAAGGACCUGUCAUUGUGGUGGAAGGAUCUCUAUGGCAAUGUGAAACUAAACUACGCCCGAGACCGGCUAGUGGAGAACUACUUCUGGACAUGUGGGGUGUUCCAUGAGGAGGAAUACUCUCGUGCGCGGAUGCUGUUUGCCAAGACAUUCGGGUUGCUGUCACUGAUGGAUGACACAUACGAUGUGUAUGCUACAUUAGAGGAGUGCCAUAUACUCAACGAUGCUAUACAAAGAUGGGAUGAAAACAGUGCUUCCAUUCUUCCAGAAUACAUGAGAAUGUUCUACAUCAAUCUUGUGAGGAACUUUCAAGGGUUUGAGGAUAGCUUGCAGCCAAAUGAGAAGUACCGCGUCUCCUAUGCAAAGCAAGCGUUUAAACUGUCAUCAAAGUACUAUCUGGACGAGGCCAAAUGGUGCAGCGAGAAAUAUGCGCCGAGCUUCAAGGAGCACAUGGAGGUGUCUGUCAUGUCGUCAGGCUUCCCAACGCUCGCCGUGGUGCUGCUUAUGGGUGCAGGUGACAUGGCGACCAGGGAGGCGUUCCGGUGGGCGAUCGGCGUCCCUGCCGUGGUCAGCGCCAGUGGAGAGGUGGCUCGUUUCCGCAACGACAUCGCCUCGUACAAGAAGGGGAAGAACAAGAAGGACGUGGCGAGCUCCGUGGAGUGCUAUGCCAAGGAGCACGGCACGUCGGGGGAGGAGGCGGCGGUGGCGAUCGCCGGGAUGGCGGAGCACGCGUGGAGGACCAUCAACCGGUCGUGCAUGGAGAUGGAUAGCGCGCUGUUGCCGGCGGCGCAGCUGGUGGUGAACCUGACCAAGACGCUGGAGGUCAUAUACCUUGGCGGCAGAGAUGCCUACACCUUUGCUGCCGACCUCAAGGAUCUCGUCGUCUCCCUCUUCCUCAACGGCCCUACUACUGUUUGAACCUUUUUGUGUGUAUGUAUCUUGCACCAUGUUGGCCAGUUCCAGCUGUGAGAGUUUUCUUCCUAUUUAAUGAGGUGAUGUAUCUUGCA